GCCACCAAAUGAUUUCUUGAACGUCAGCUCGUCCAUGCUCAGACCCAGCGAGUCUCCGUGACUUUUUCUCAAGUGAAAGUUUAGCAACAAUAAAUAUCUAAUUGUAAUUAAAACUCGCCACCAUAUUCGACAAUUAUUUAUUAAAAUUUUCUGGUGAGCCACGUUAACAAUCACAAUAAUUAAAAUAAACACCCUUAAUAAUAAUCACCAGACUAAUUAUUGUUUUUUCAUAACAAGCUGUGACGUUAUUUAAUCAACAAUUAAUUAUCAUUGUUAAACAAAAAAAAUUCAACAUACGUAAACACUUUAAUGAUAUUUAUCAAUUGAGUCAUUUUUAAAUCGACGGAGAGUAAAUAAAUAUCCAAGUUUCUGUAACACUUGAGGAUUAAUUUGUACAAUUUGUAUUGAUAUUAUUAAAUAUGUUCAUUAUCGAUUGGUUUACUGGAGUACUUGGCUAUUUAGGCCUAUGGAAAAAAGUUGGUAAAUUAUUAUUCCUCGGAUUAGAUAAUGCUGGUAAAACAACAUUAUUACAUAUGCUCAAAGAUGAUCGUUUAGCACAACAUGUGCCUACAUUACAUCCAACAUCAGAAGAAUUAUCAAUCGGUAGUAUAAGAUUCACGACAUUCGAUCUCGGAGGCCAUACACAAGCAAGACGUGUAUGGAAAGAUUACUUCCCAGCAGUAGACGCUAUUGUGUUUCUAGUUGACGCUAGUGAUCGUACGCGACUUCCAGAAUCACGUGCUGAGCUCGAUACUCUUCUAACUGAUGAACAACUUAGCACCUGUCCUGUUCUUGUACUCGGGAACAAAAUUGACAAGCCUGGUGCUGCGUCUGAAGAUGAGUUGAGAGCUUUCUUCAAUUUAUAUGGUCAAACGACCGGCAAGGGAAAAAUUGCCCGAAGUGAAAUUCCCGGUCGUCCAUUAGAAUUAUUUAUGUGCUCUGUUUUAAAGAGACAAGGCUACGGCGAGGGCUUCCGUUGGCUCGCCCAGUACAUCGACUGAACGCACUUAACUAUUAAUAAUUAAAAUUAUUAAUACCACCAAUUCGAUGCUGCAACCUAAACAGUUAAAAUACCAUCAAAAAUAAAUUAAACAAAACCGAAAAAAAAA